GCUUGAAAUACUUCAAAUCCAUCGCAAAGGUGAUUUUUUUCUUUUUAGAAAAUACUGUCUCCAACCUGAUUUAAGCAAACUACUGAAAAAUCAAAUAAAAACCCAAGUUUUUCAUUUUUAAAAACCUUAUAAAUCAGGACGGAGAUAGUAUUUUUCAAAAAAGAAAAAAAUCACCUUUGCGAUGGAUUUGAAGUAUUUCAAGCAAAAAUUUAAGCAUGAUCGGCCGAGUUUUUCGCAGAAUCGUAAAGGAUGCCAAAGAUAAAUCGAGUUUUCUUGAAAUCUCUUGAAGGACAAUAGAUAAAGAGUUGAAUCGAAAAAGAAAUGAUACUCAGAAGACUUUUUCAUCCAUUUUGAAAAUAUGAACUCUUUUGUCACUUUUAGUUGAUUUGUGACAAUCUUCUUACGAAAAAAGCGGGGAGCGAGGUAUUCUUAAAUACUUUAAUAACUCUGCGAAAACUUGUUUGAUAUUUCUGAAAGCUUUUGCAUACAGAUAACUCGAUGUGCUCUACAGUCUGAUGGUAUCAGACGUCAACCGACGAUUAAGCAACCAGAAAUUUGAGAGACACUCAGAAUGAGUGAACAAACAACAUUACACGCGUUGGUCUUGUAGUGUGAGAGAUUGCAUUGGAAUGUCAUCUUUAUUUUAGGAGAUCGAAAGUAUUGAAGAAAGAGAAAGUUGAACGUCGAGUGAAGUUUACUCGCCCAGCUCGACUUAAUUGAAUUAUUUCGAGACCUGUAGAAUAUUAUAUUUUCCACUCGACUAAAAUGUUGAAUAGUUCAACUAUCAGCACGUAAUCUUCAGUUAAUUAAUAUCAGACUAUCUUCAGCUCAAAGUGUAUACUGGGUCUUUAGGGACCUGCUUCCCGUAGACUUACCUAAGGACGUUCUAUGUGCAAUAAUUAUUAUCAGAUUCGCAAUCAGCAUAAAAAAUUAGCUUACAAGUAGUCUGCCAUACUAAUAUUGGGAUUGAUCACUUGAAAAUAUUCCCAUAUCAUAUACGAUGAUGGUUUAUUACUAUUUUCUCUUUAAUUCUAGCUAUAGAAACAAUGACUAUACAAUUAGAAAAUCGAAAGUUCGGCGGUGCAAUUGGUGAUAAUAUCAAAAUCUUAAUUGUCUUUCUGUAUGACAUGUUUUCCUUUUCUUAGCUCCUAGUCGUAGUGAAACCGGUUUAAUGGAUGUAAAUGAAGUUGUUCAACUUCGUUACAUGUACGAUCGAUAUUAUAAUUUAAUUAUGGCUGGUAUACCAAUAUCAUUAGAUUUUCUAUCCGAACCUAAAAUUGAUUUAAUUGAACGUUUGAAAUAUUUGUGUCAUUUGAUUAUGAACAUAACUGGACGCCAAAGUUUAGAUGCAUUUGAUGAUGAACGAACGGAACUGUUCGAAAAUCAGCACACUAGCUCGCCCACAAAACGCGCGAGCCAAGAAGCUUUAGUUAAACAAUUUUAUCGUGCUAUGAAUGGAGGCGAUCCCAAUGGACAAGGAGGAUCCUCACAACGAACAUCUAUGAGAGUAGAUAAUAGUACUAUCCUUAUACCUGAACAUUUGAAUUCUCAGAGAGCAAAAAGUGAAUCAGAAUCAGUUCAAAAUUCACUAAAUAUAACGGUACAAAAAUCGCCUGAUUAUAAACAACAAAUGCAACGAGAUACAACUAAUUCAUUGACCACAAGACAAUCGACAAAACUAAGAAUGUCAAGGAAAAAAACAUUUGUCUGA